ACAAACAGCAACGAUUAAUACCAUGCCUAUUAAUGCUUAGUAUGUGUUAACAUGCAUGCCUUCUAACAGUAACCGUAGUAAAUAUUUUAUUACACAUAUCGUACACUCUUUGUAGGGAUUUCUUCUUAAAGCCCGCAGUGGGAGGGGGGGGGCUUUUAUUUUGAAAAUGCCACUUUUGUAUCGUACCUGGUCAGUGUCUCAAGAAUAUGGCAGGGAGUUUUAAACGUUAAUGUUUAUAGCCAAAGUAGAUCAGUGUGGUUACAUGGCUCUUUCUAAGUCCUUGGUAGAGAGAGAGAGAGAGAGAGAGAGAGAGAGAGAGAGAGAGAGAGAGUUAUUAUGAGAUUUGACAUUUCCGUCUAGAUCUGUCCUAGACAAGUAUGUCGAGUGUUUUGUCGCUUGUUUGUGAUUCCUAGUAAUACAAAUCAUCUCUUACACUAUGCCCACACCUAAACCAAACAUACAUCAGAGCAGACGCGUCAGCUGCCCAUAGAAAUACCAGGAGCGACGCGUCAGUGGCACACACGCGGUAAGCACUGCUGUCAAGAGCACGAAAGAUGUGGGUUUUCGGUUACGGGUCUCUGAUUUGGAAAGUGGACUUUCCAUACGAGGACAAACGUGUCGGUUGCGUGAAAGGCUUCAGUCGUAGGUUUUGGCAGGGAAGCACGGAUCAUCGAGGGGUGCCUGGAAAGCCUGGGCGAGUGGUGACAUUAAUAGAGGACCCUGAGGGUUGUGUAUGGGGUGUUGCUUACAAGUUGCCAUCAGGCCAGGAAAAGGAGGUCAAAGAAUAUCUAGACUAUAGGGAGAAAGGUGGGUACGGAGUGAUACCGGUUACUUUUUAUCCCAAAGAGGAAGAACAUCAGCCAAUGCCCGACACAUUGCUCUACAUUGGAUCCUGUAACAACCCAAAUUAUCUUGGCCCAGCGCCUUUGGAGACAAUUGCUCGGCAGAUUGUCAUGUCUGUAGGCCCAAGCGGCACGAAUACAGAUUACCUGUUUGAGCUUGCUGAUGCUCUCAGGCAACUAGUACCUGAAGACUCAGACGAUCACCUGUUCUCUCUGGAGCGCCUUGUGAAGGAACUGCAGGAGAAGGAGAUGUGCUGUAAUUUACACCGUCCCUUAUGACCUCAGGAAUUAAGUCCAUUUGUUUUUAAGUGAUUGUUUUUAUCCUCUAGGACAGUUGACACACACUUUAAGGGAUUACUUGAUAAGAUGCACUUUAACUACUUUUGUUCUGGUUUUUUUUCCAAACUCUUAUGUAUUUAAUCUAGGCAUGAAUUUUAUGACAUGAUUUAAUUCACACUGGGAUAUGAAUCAAACGAAGUUGGUUUUGGUUGUUCUCCACUACCUUUGUACAUUGACCUUGGGGAAGGGGCUUUUUUUAUAAACGUAUUAUUAUACAUAGAGUGAACAAUUCAGGACUGGAGGCUGGUUUGUUUAACUCAGGAUACUUGAAUGUGUUGAAGCCAUUAUAGUUAUAGCCAGCUAUAACUCAUUAUUUCACCUAUAGCUAAGCCACGACAAGCUGAAGCUCAAAACAUGUUAAGGUCACACUUCUUGCAAUGUUUUCAUGAUACUUAAAUCCAUUCUCGUUUUAAAUUCAUCCAUCCAUUUACUUUUGAGUCUUUCUGUAACUCCCAUUUUUUGGUGAUUUUCAUUCAUCUUAUAAGCAAAAAAAAAAAAACGUUUUUAACCCUUACAUGGUGUACAUGUUUAUUACCAAUUCAUUUUUUUAAAUAAAGUAAAAGCUGACAUUUUAUAACUUUAUCCAAGUUACAAGGAACAAAGACAGCAUAUAUGGCUAAUAUUUGUCAUAUAUCUGUUAGACCACAUUUAUGAAAAAG